AUGGUUAACACUAUUUCUAUAUUUGAACAUCCCCUGGUUUUAUGGUUGUGGGGUACUCAACUCCCAUCCAGGAAUUCUACUAAAAAAGAAUUCAAAAAACAGCCAAAGAUCCAGCCUUCUACGGACAGGUAAGGGAAUAGCUGCUACAGCCAUCGUAUUAGAUAGGGUUAUUAAAAGAUGGUGGUCAGAGUAAGAUAGAGAUUGGAAUAAAGGAUGGUUUGUUAAUAGGCAUCAUCUCUAUAAAUAACAUAGAUUUCCUGUACAUUUAAUAGUUCCAUCUUGAAAUUAAUGGGAGUAAUAUAAGGGUUAAAAUCCUUAAUAUGUGAAUUGAAUUUUCAUCUGUUAAGAAGAGUACCUAUCAGAUAAGCUAAAACAUGCAAACCAAUGAAUGUGUGUGGCGUAGUCCAUUUGUAGUGAUACAAUUUGAAAUAAAAUAAGCAGGCAUGAUAAACAGGGGUGCAAAAAAAAAAGUUAAAUCUGUAGAAAUUAAUAAAUGUGUUUUGAGACCCUGAUCAGACAGCACCAUCCUGGGAUGAAAUGCAGGAUGACAUUAAUUUGAAAAAUCAAAGUUAAUUAGUUAACCACACAAAUAAUAAUUUAAAACGUCACUUUUAAUAAGUCAAUUAAAAGUCCCUUUCUAGUGGGGACACUAACCACACACACUAUCAUACAAAAAAAAUUAAACACAAAAUAAUAAUAAUAAAGAUGAUAAACAAAAAAUAAUAAUAAAUCAUAACUAGAUGAUUUCACUAAAAGGAAAUUGUAUAGUUAGGUACCUUCUAUGGACAUAACAGCCCCUUGAAUAAAGUCCUAUAGUAUAAUUAUCUUAAAUCACAUAAGUGAAUUUAUGUAUAAAGUUUUCCACUUAUUGUCAAAUAGGUACAUGUAAGGGUAGAUGAAUCUAUGCGCUAGUGUAUUAUAGGCAGGUAAUUAUUCUGGAUGAAGGAUAAUAUCCCCUAGAUAUUCUAGAAUUUCUAUUAGCUUUACAUUCCCCUUGGUGUUAAUUCACCCGUUUACUAAUUUGUAACCAUUCACACAGUUAAACUAAUGGACCAAAUAUAACAUUUAUUGCUUGUUAUUGUAGCUGUAAUUUACUAUUAUGGUUACUGUACGGUCUGAAGUUAAAGUACAGGGAAUCUCCUGUUGGUUAAAUGUUCAUAUCUCAAUUCCCAAGACCCCACCGGAAGAAAUAAGUGCACUAUCUAUAUCCCGACCUCGUUGGCUACAAACUAAUGUAGAUCAUAGAGUAACCCGUUUGUGUUGUAUCAUAAAAGGAAGGAGAAGGGGGAAAGAACAAAAGAUUCUUACAUGCUCUCCCUGUUGUGCCUUCAAGGGCACCUUCUGUCAAUGGAACAUAUCCUCACUAUCCCUAGCCUAUUAAUACCCCAAAUACCGGCCCCCCCACGUCAAUGGUAUAGCAAGGGGAGACGGCUUGUUGGAGAAAUGAAUGCCCUUAUUAAGAACUCCUCUAAUAUACGGGAGAUUUUAUGAUCAGAUAGUAGAUAAAUCUGCUUUAGCAUCUCAUAGAUUGGCAAUCUUAAUGAUGUACUCAUCUAUUCCCUACAGCACCCUAAACGCCCUGAUGCGCGUUUCGCCUGUCAGCUCAUCAGAGGGAAACCGGGAACCUCACUUUCCCGGUGAUACACCCUUAAAAACCGGGAAAGGCUCCUCUUCUCUUCCUUUUUUCUAAUUCAAAACACAAAUAAUAAUGCAUAAUAUAUAAUGGCUUCUUUUACCAUCUCCUAAACACACUCGGUUAUUCCAGAAAUAGAAUUUCAAAUGUAUGAAAUAUUAAAAUUCAUUAAUCACUUUUUCUUUCUUAAAUAGGCUUAAAGCUGAGCCCCAGAUAUUACCCCAGGUAUCACCUAAUCUGGAUGUUUGUCCAGAUCCUGAGAAGGGUAAGAAAUGGGAGCCAUGGAAGCAGAAAGGUGGGCUUGUGAAAGAAACUCGAAAAAUGUACCAACAUGGCAGAAAGAGUCUUCGCUUUCCCCCUUCUGUUACAUCUAAAUUUGCAGAGCUUGAUGAAAGGUAAAUACUGUAUGAUCAUAAUAAUCAAUGGGGGAGGGGGGAAUCUUGUGCUUUUUUUCUGUUGUUGAUGUUUUGUUUUAACAAAUUCACAUGUUAAUCUCUAUACUGCUGUAAGAAUGAACCUGACCAUUUUGUGUUUUGUGUUUUUCUUUAAAAGCUUUAGACGUACCUUUGUCAGCUAUGGAAUAGAGCAUAAGAUUCCUGAAGUACCAUACUAUAUUCGGGUGACUCCAACAAAAACCAACAAACUGAAGACGUGUGCUCAGCUACCUAGGUAAGUGUAUCAUGAGACACAGAAUAACUGACCACAAUGCUAUUAGGACAUCCAAAUGAAACUGCAGUGUCCUCAGUAAGCCAAUACCCUGGUUCCCUCACUGGCUGUCUGUGUACACUGAAAACCAAUGAGAGAAAAAACUCAGACAGAGAAAGAUGUCAAUAAUCUUUCUGAACCAACAUUUCCUAAAAACACUCAGUUAUUCCAGAAAUAUAUCAUCCACUGUGUGAAAUAUGAAACUUCACUAAUCACGUUUUCUUUCUUAAAUAGGCUACCUCUUAAAGCUGAGCCCCAGAUAUUACCCCAGAUAUCACCUAAUCUGGACGUUUGUCUAGAUCCUGAGAAGGGUAAGAAAUGGGAGCCACGGAAGCAGAAAGGUGGGCUUGUGGAAGAAACUCGAAAAAGUUACCAACAAGGCAUAAAGAGACUUCGCUUUCCCCCUUCUGUUACAUCUAAAUUUGCAGAGCUUGAUGAAAGGUAACUACUGUAUUAUCAAAUUAAUCAAUGGGGGAAUCUUGUGCAUUUUUCUAUUGUUGAUAUUUUGUUUUAACAAAUUUACAUUUUAACCUCUACGAUGGGUGAUAUAAGAAGUAGACUGACCAUUUUGUGUUUUGCGUUUUUCUUUAAAACCUUUAGACGUACCUAUGUCAGCUUUGGAAAACAGGAUAAGAUUCCCGAAGUACCAUACUAUAGUCGGGUGACUCCAACAAAAACCAACAAACUGAAGACGUCUGCUCAGCUACCUAGGUAAGUGUAUCAUGAGACACAGAAUAACUGACCACAAUGUUAUUAGGACAUCCAAAUGAAACUGCAGUGUCCUCACUAAGCCAAUACCCUGGAUCCCUCACUGGCUGGCUGUGUACACAGAAAACCAAUGAGAGAAAAACCACAGAUAGAGAAAGAUGUCAAUGCUCUUUCUGAACCAACAUCACAAUUCAGUGGGGAGUACUACGGCAACGUAACUUACUAAGCAUUACCUAAUUUCCAUAAGGAAUGCAUUUCAAAAUAAACAGAAGCUUUUAUGGUGCAAAGUAAACUACUGAAAUUGCAGUAACCAGAAUCGAAUAUAUUAAACAUAAAUGAUCUGAUAGUGCCACUUUAAUCUGUCACAAGUCUAAAGGACAUUCUUUGUCAUACGUCUACGGCGAUGUAAGUGGACAGUGGCUGCAGGCAUCCUAAUAGAUAGGGUUAUUGGAAGAUGGAGGUCAGAGAUAGGUCACAAUAUGACCCAAAUAAUAAUGACUUAUUUUAUCAUCUCCUAAACACACUCAGUUAUUCCAGAAACAAAACAUCCAAUGUGUGAAAUAUAAAACUUCACUAAUCACUUUUUCUUUCCUAAAUAGGCUACCUCUUAAAGCUGAGCCCCAGAUAUUGCCCCAGGUAUCACCUAAUCUGGACGUUUGUCUAGAUCCUAAGAAGGGUAAGAAAUGUGAGCCAUCAAAACAGAAAGGUGGGCUUGUUGAAGACAUUCUAAAAAGUUACCAACAAGGCAUAGAGAGACUUCGCUUUCCCCCUUCUGUUACAUCUAAAUUUGCAGAGCUUGAUGAAAGGUAAAUACUGUAUUAUCAAAUAAAUCAAUGGGCGGAAUCUUGUGCAUUUUUCUAUUGUUGAUAUUUUGUUUUAACAAAUUUACAUUUUAACCUCUACAAUGGGUGAUAUAAGAAGUAGACUGACCAUUUUGUGUUUUGCAUUUUUCUUUAAAACCUUUAGACAUACCUAUGUCAGCUUUGGAAAACAGGAUAAGAUUCCCGAAGUACCAUACUAUAUUCGGGUGACUCCAACAAGAACCAACAAACUAAAGAUGUCUGCUCGGCUACCUAGGUAAGUGUAUCAUGAGACACAGAAUGAUUGACCACAAUGCUAUUAGGACAUCCAAAUGAAACUGCACUGUCCUCAGUAGGCCAAUACCCUGGUUCCCUCACUGGCUGGCUGUGUACACAGAAAACCAAUGAGAGAAUAAAUACAGACAGAGAAACAUGUCAAUUCUCUUUCUGAACCAACAUCACAAAUCAGUGGGGAGUGCUACGGCAACGUAACUUACUAAGCAUUACCUAAUUUCCAUAAGGAAUACAUUUCAAAAUAAACAGUAGCUUUUAUGGUACGAAUAAACUACUGAAAUUGCUGUAACCAGAAUCGAAUAUAUGAGACAAAUGAUCUGAUAGUGUCACUAUAAGCUGUCACAAGUCUAGAGGAUAUUCAUUGUCAUACGUCUACGACAGGGGUGGGGAACCUUCGGCCCUCCAGAUGUUCUGGACUACAUCUCCAUUGAUGCUUUGCCAGUAUUAUGGCUGUAAGAGCAUUAUAGGAGAUGCAGUCCAAAACAUCUGGAGAUUCCGAAGGCUCCCUGGUCUACGGAGAGGUAAGUGGACAGUGGCUGCAGGUAUCAUAUUAAAUAGGGUUAUUAGAAGAUGGAGGUCAGAGUUCGAUAAAAAUUUGAAUAUAGGAUGGUUUGCUCAUGGGCAUCACCUCUAUAAAUAACAUAGCUUUCCUUUAGAUGUAACAGUUUCAUCUUAAAAUGAAUGGGAGUAAUAUACGGGUUAAAGUACUUAAAAUAUUAAUGAAUUUCAUCUUUUAGUUAUUUUUCACAACACACAAGAUAAAAAAUGAACUAAAAAAUGAAUGUGUGUAGCCUAGCCCAUUUGUAGUGAUUGAAAUUAAAUAAGCAGGCAUGGUAUACUGGGGUGGAAUAAAUAAAUAAAAUAUAUAGGAAUUAAAAAAGGUUUUUGAGGUCCUAAUCAGACAGCACCAACAGGGAUGAAAUGCAGGAUGAAAUUAGUCCAGACAUUUCAUAGGUUUUACAAAUCAAAUUGAAUUAUUUAACCAUUACAAUACGACCCAAAUAAUAAUAAUGUAUAAUAUAUAAUGGCUUCUUUUAUCAUCUCCUAAACACACUCAGUUAUUCCAGAAACAAAACAUCCAAUGUGUGAAAUAUGAAACUUCACUAAUCACUUUUUCUUUCCUAAAUAGGCUACCUCUUAAAGCUGAGCCCCAGAUAUUGCCCCAGAUAUCAUCAAAUCUGGAUGUUUGUCCAGAUCAUGUAAAGGGUAAGAAAGGGGAGCCAUGGAAACAGAAUGGUGGGUUUGUGGAAGAAAUUCUACACAAUUUCCAACAAGGCACAAAGAGACUUUGCCUUUCCCCUUCUGAUACAUCUAAAUUUGCAGAGCAUGAUGGAAGGUAAAUACUGUAUUAUCACAUUAAUCAAAAGGGGGGUGGGUGGGAGGGGGAUUGUUGAUUUUUGUUUUAACAAAAUGAGAUUUAACCUCUAUGAUGGGUGCUGUAAUAAAUAGCCUGACCUGUUUUUUUGUGUGUUUUUCUUCAAAAGCUUUAGACAUAACAUUAAUGUCAGAUAUGGAAAAGAGGAGAAGAUUCCCGAAGUAGCAUGCUAUAUUCGGGUGACUCCAACAAAAACCAACAAACUAAUGACAUGUGGUCAGCCACCUAGGUAAGUGUAUUAUGAAACACAGAAUGAUUGACCAUAUAUACAUACAUAUAUACAAAUAAAACUGCAGUGUCCUCAGUAAGCCAAUACCCUGGUUCUCUCACUGGCUGUCUGUGUACACAGAAAACCAAUGAGAGAAGAACCACAGAUAGAGAAACAUGUCACUGCUCUUUCUGAACCAACAUCACAAAUCACUGGGAAGUACUACGGCAAUGUAACUUACUAAGGAUGACCUAAUUUCCAUAAUGAAUGCUUUGUAAAAUAAACAGAAGCUUUUAUGGUACAAAAUAAACUACUGAAAUUGCUGUAACCAGAAUGUAUUAUAUGAAAUAUAAAUGAUCUAAUAGUGUCACUAUAGUUGUGCGAUAACUGAUAAAUACAAAGUGAUAGGUUGGCUGACAGACCAAAGUGAGAGGAUAGCUGAAGAGGAAUAAGAUAAGUGACAAAAUGGGCUGAUGGAUGGAAAGGGAGGAAAGGAUAGAAUUGUUACGAUUGUAUUUUGACUUUUCCUAUUUAAUUGCAGGGACCCAUUCCGUUUUACUAAAGUAAAGCCUACAUUACUUCCAAGACAAAACAUAGCAACUGAAAAGGCUGAAAGUGUCCCAGAAAAGGAAGUGGUCAAAAAAGGACCAGAAAAUGAAAAAGAUUCUGCUGAGUAUUAUAAACAGAAUACUAUUCUACAGCCUGAACUUGUCACAAGUCUAGAAGAUAUUCCUUGUCAUUUGCUGCAGUCUAUGUCUCUAGAGCCUACAGCUGUUGUCACAUGUUUAGAAAACUACAAUUCUCUAGAAUGCCCUGUUUGCACUAUUGAACCUCAUACAAAUAGAUUGACAGAGGAUAUGCCAGUGAACCUUAGUCAUCCACAGUCCACUUUCAGUUCAUCUAACCCUACAAAUCUAGAUUCACAGAACCCAGUCACAGGUCAUUGUCAUUUGCUGCAGUCUAUGUCUCUAGAACCUACAGAGGUUGUCAUGUGUUUAGAAGACAACAAUUCUCUCGAGUGCCCUUUUCGUACUAUCGAACCUCAUACAAGUGAAUUGACAGAUGAGUUGACAGUAAACCUUGAUCAGCCACAGUCCACGUUAAGUUGUCCAUCUGAGCCUACAAAUAUAGAUUCUCAGGACCCAGUCACAGUUGGUCCUUCAGUGCAGUCUAUGUCCCUAAAGGCUACAGAGGUUGUCACAUGUUUAGACAACAUUUCUCUAGAGUGCCAUGUUUGUGCAAUCGAACCUCAUAUUCUGCCACAGUCCACUUCAGGUUGUCAUCCUGAGCCUACUAAUUUAGAUUCUCUGGAGACUGUCACAGUUCAGGAACAGAGUAUUCUUCUUGAUGUCCCAGUUUGUCCUGCUAAACCACACACUAAUGAAAUGUUAGAGGAGCUGCCAGUAAACUCUGCCACUGUGAUUUAUCCCUCUGAGAUGACUUUGGAUUUCCCCACUGUUAAGCAUGAGGAGUUGUUUCUAAUUAAGCAAGAGGGCACCCCUGAGCAGAAGCAAAUUGAGAUAGAGAAUAAUCAGCCUGCAUCAUAUAGGAGCCUGAGCUGUGACCCUAAAAAACAAGGAUUGCCAGAAACAGAAGAAAAAGAACAACCUGGUAAGGCUGAUGUGGUUCCAAAGCCAAUUACAGAAAGCCAAGACCUUGCAGUACCUUCACUCCAAAAUAAGUUGGAUAUCAAAGCAAAGGUAGAAAGGGUAUCCUACGACAGGAAUUUCUUGCUCCAAUUCAAAUCGAUCACGGAGGAACCAAAGGACUUUUCUGAAAUCUGUAAAAUCCACCAAGGCAUGGUUAUUAGACCUCACCUUCGGCCAGUGGAUCCAUCACAAUUAACUCGCAGAAAUUGGACACCUCAAUCUGCAAAUUCCUGCUACCCUUCUAAGGGUAAUCGCAGAUUGCCACCGGGAAUCCAUCAAAUGAGGUCUCCGCAAGCUCCUGUUAAAGAACAUCGACGAAUCCUUGAACUAAAUGAGAAUGUGAAACUGCAAAAAUGUGAAAAAGCUUGGAGACCUCCCAUGAAAAGGGCAACCGAAGAUCCCAGUAGAGUCAAGGCUGAAGAACUGUUUCGGAAAGUUCGCGGUAUCCUGAAUAAGAUAACUCCUCAGACAUUCGAGCACUUAAUUCACCAGGUAAAGGACCUCUCUGUAGACACAGAGCAUCAACUUAAAGGAGUCGCAGAACUCAUAUUUGAAAAAGCAGUAGCAGAGCCUCAUUUUGCUGUUAUAUAUGCAAACAUGUGCAACUGGCUAAUGAGGCUUGAAGUCCCAACUGAAGAAAAUCGUGACGUGUGCAUUACAUUCCGCAGGCUGCUGAUAAGGCUCUGCCAGGUGGAGUUUGAGAGACGUGAAAAAGGUGGUGAAAGAAUUGAAGAACUUCAGAAGGAACUGGAGGCAACUAUAUCACCUAAUGAAAAGGCUCGAAUAAAGGAAGAAUUGAGUGAUGCCUGUAAAAGAGCACUCAGGCGAUCCCUUGGAAACAUCAAAUUUAUUGGGGAGCUAUUUAAAUUAAAGUUACUCUCAGAAGCCACCAUAAAAGACUGCCUUAUUAAGCUACUAAAUAAGAACACCGAGGAGUCCAUGGAAUGCAUCUGCCAGUUGUUGACAUCAGUUGGAAAACACCUUGAAAAUGCACAGCCUGGCAUGGACAAUUAUUUCAACAAGCUUAAUACCUUUAUUAAAAACAAGACCUCUUCUAGGAUUAGAUUUUUGGUGCAGGAUGUGCUGGACCUGAGGAAAAAUAACUGGGUACCACGACACAAACCUGAGGGGCCAAAAACAAUUGACCAAAUUCAUAAAGAGUCAGAACAGGAAUCCAAAAAAAAAGUUCAGUAA